AUGGGUUACAACGCUGCGUCCGGAUGGAAAAGCUACCGCGUCCCAAGAUAUCCGUCAAACUGGUCUCGUGCCGUCGAACCACCACAGAACAGUGACGUUGGAUCCGACGUAAAUUCUGACGACAACCCUUCAAAGCCCUUCUACUUCAUGGAUCCCGAUCAGCGACGCCAUUUUCGAAUCCUCGACUUGCAUCAGGAUGAUAACCCAAGGUUCAUCGAAAGUUCUGCCACCGUCUCAGAACCUUUCUACUAUCUGGACAAUCCGCGAUACAUUUUCUUAUCCGACCAACAACAGAACCGUUCUAAAAAGCUUACUGCAACUGUUCAAGAGAAGAAGCCUGCACAACCGAAGUGUACAGCUUGUUGGACGGAGUUAGACGAAUCCACAACGCCUAUGCCCUGUGGCCACUACUGGUGCUCUUCAUGCAUAGUACGAAGAUUUACCAAGAUACGCAACCAGACUGACUGGCCGGUCAGAUGCCAUCAAACUGUACUUACUGAUUGCACUAUCUCACUCGAUACCGCAAAGCCUUUCCUACAAGAUGAGGAUAUCCGAAGACUGAUACCUUUGAUCGAAGAGCUCGAAACACCUGUUAUGGAUCGUGUUUAUUGUUCGAAUAACAGAUGCGGCAUCUUCAUAGCCCGUAGAGAUACCCAAGAUCGCAUCGCGCGCUGUGAAGCAUGCCAGACCGACACAUGCUCAACCUGCAAGGGAGCUGCUCACGAGAGCGACAACUGUCCACUGCCGAAUCAAGACGAACAAAAAGUUCUCAUCACAUCGCACAAGGAGGGAUGGAAGCGUUGCACAGGAUGCGGUCAAAUGUGCGAAAGAAUCCUCGGAUGCUCAAGAAUUGCUUGUCUAUGUGGAUACCGCUUCUGUUACCACUGCGCAGGGCCCAUAAACGCAUGCAAUGGCUGCCCUGAAAUCGAAUACGGGGAUGGAAGGCUGAACCGUAUGGAAAGACGACAGAGAAAACGAGCGCAGCCAGUAUCCAGCUCGAAAACCGAUUUCAAGAACGACUUUACAGCAUUCACCACGAGGAGAGCCAGAGCACGGACAAAUGGACGAGUACCUAGGAGACCUGAAACGUCAUACCAACAGCAACAGAGACUCGAAGAUGCAAAUUUCGCAGUAAUGAUGGCAGAAAUACAUCAACGUCAAGACGCAGAAAGAGCACAACUGGAGAGAUUUCGAGCAGAAAGAGCACGCCGCAAGCAGCAAACUUCGAUAGGUCAGAAGAUUGGACGCAAGAUCCAGCGAUUGUGUGGCAGAGUGUUUGGGUUGUGA